UAACUGCCCAGAUUAUCAAUAGCACCAUGACUGUGUAUAAAGAGGCAAUGAAGAACUUGCUUCCUACGCCCACUAAAUCCCACUACUUGUUCAACUUGCGAGAUUUCUCUCGGGUGAUUCAAGGUGUUUGUCUGUCCAGACCUGAAACAACAGCUUCUAUGGCCACAAUAAAAUGCCUUUGGGUUCAUGAGGUCCUUAGAGUGUAUUAUGAUCGUUUAGUAGAUAAAGCGGAUCGAUCCUGGCUUGUCGGAUGCAUUCAGGAAGUAGUGGAACAACACAUGAAUGAGGACUUCAACGAACUUUUCCAGAGAUUGGAUUUCAAUUAUGACGGGAUAGUGGAAGAAGAUGAUUUGCGAAGUCUGAUGUUCUGUGAUUUUCAUGAUCCUAAAAAGGAGGAUACCAGCUACAGAGAGGUUUUUAAUGUGGAUGAGUUGAGAACUGUUGUAGAAAGCCAUCUGGAAGAAUACAAUAACAUGACCAAAAAACCCAUGCAGCUGGUGUUAUUUCGAUUUGCCAUAGAACAUGUCUGUCGAAUUUCCCGUAUUUUAAAGCAACCUCGUAGCCAUGCCCUUUUGGUUGGUGUCGGAGGAAGUGGGCGGCAAUCUCUCACUCGUUUAGCUGCUCAUAUGGCUGAUUAUACACCUUUCCAGGUUGAAAUAUCAAAGAGCUAUGGAACCAACGAAUGGCAUGAAGACCUGAAAGUCAUCUUACGGAGAUCUACUGAAGGCGAGAUGCAAGGAGUUUUCUUAUUCACUGACACCCAGAUCAAAAGGGAGUCAUUUUUAGAGGAUAUAAACAACUUGCUAAAUGCUGGGGAAAUACCAAAUCUCUUUGCAGUGGAUGAGAAGCAAGAAAUUUGCGAAAAGAUGCGUCAAAUAGAUCGCCAACGGGACAAAACAAAGCAAACGGACGGUAGCCCCAUUGCCCUUUUCAACAUGUUCAUUGACCGCUGUCGGGACCAACUGCAUAUUGUAUUGGCCAUGAGUCCCAUUGGAGAUGCAUUCCGCAAUCGCCUUCGAAAAUUUCCGGCUCUUGUUAACUGCUGCACUAUUGAUUGGUUUCAGUCGUGGCCUUCAGACGCCUUGCAUGCCGUUGCCACCCGCUCCCUGGAAGAUAUCGAAAUGUCAGAGCAAACCCGGAACGGCUGCAUUGAUAUGUGUCAAAAAUUCCAUACUACAACCAUUAUUCUGUCUGAGAGUUUCUAUGCUGAACUGCAGAGACACAACUAUGUAACCCCUACUUCCUACCUAGAAUUAAUUUCCACUUUCAAGUCCCUUCUGGAAAACAAGAGAACAAGGCAAACAACCCACACGUCCCAAGACAGGACUGGAGAUGAGACAGUUGGCAAAAACCUAACAAGGCCUUGGAAGAACCUCCUACUCUGUGGAAGAGGCUACCUGGAAAGGUGA